UUGGCGUUCUAUUUUCGACCUUUUUUCUCACUUUGAAGAUUGGGUUGCUCGUUUACGUUUUCACAAGAGGCGCUUCACCUGCAAAGCAAAAGUAUAUGGUCGGUUUUGCAUCUUUGUACAUCCUGUAUGAAGGCUAUCGGGGUUUGAUGAAACGAGUGCAAGUUCGAAGACGUGCUAUCAGACGUGCGCUCGGCAGAGACGGUACAAAUGAAGGCCGUCCAAACGCUGCAAAUGCAGAUAAUAAUCGAACAAACAGACAACAAGAUACACCACCAGACUCGCCUGAAGGUACGCAAAAUUCAAAUCAGCAAGACGUCACAGUCCCACCAGCACCGAAUCGUUAUACGGUAUUUUCGCCAUUCUUGCUGGAAUUUUGGAUUGAGAGACUUGCUUAUUGGCGCAUGAGGGAAGAAGAUCGCGAGAUGGGUUUGAGAAUGUCAACAGGAAAUCGAAACAGAGCACAUCCUGUUCAACAUGAUCCUAUGAGCAAGCUAGUUGAUGUUGUGAAUGAUUGUAUUCUCAUGCCUGUCAUUCUUUUCAUUAGCACAUUGAUCCCUGAGAUCGAACAGAGGAGGAGAAGAGCGAUCGAUCAACGUGAUGAAUUGAUUCGCUCUACUGCUCGAAAAGUGGAAGAGCAAGAACGUAGAUUGCGAGAAGAAGAAGACAAGCAAUCAAAAGAAGGUCCAGAUGGCAGUGCUAAAGAUUCAUCCGAAUCUUCGAGCAAGGUAAACAAUAGCACACUAAAUGCGUCCACUACCUCGGUUCAGAUCCGUCAGCCUGCCUUACUUCGCAGCCGAUAUGCGCAAAGAAUCUUGGAUGAAAGAAGAUCAGAAGGCAGACAGAUUGAUAUUGCCCAAGAAUUAGAGGCAGCUGCCGCUGCUGCGGCUCGAGAAGAUGGAGAAGGAGCGAUGGAACAAGCAGAUAUGGGUUUCAUUUGAAAGCGCGAAGCUGUCCUUUUCUCACAUCAUAAAACAUACUGUAUUUAUACUUUUCACUUUAUUUACCCCUUUAUGACCAUAGAGAUUUACCUAAUCUAUACGAUUGUCCAUCAGCGAAAAGAUUAAAAAAGACAGGUCUGGAUUCCCGAUCUGCGCCCGAUUCUAACAAACAAUUUGACGC